UUUAAAAAAAAAUCAAUUUACAUUUUACUUGAAUUUUUCAAAUUUAAAAAAAAUUAGUUAAAAAUACGUAUUUUUUUGAAAAUGUACAACCACUUGGAAAUUAUUUGAUUUUAAUUAUAUACAUUUUGUCCAUAUUUCUAUGGAAAAAGUAGAAUAAAUAUAUAAAAUAUGCAUACUAUAUUAUACUUGAAAAUAUAAUAAUGAAAAAACCAACAUAAAAAAAAAAUGUAAUAUUUUAAUCUAAAAUUCAUUUUUAUUUUUUGUCUAAAUUGACUUUGAAUUCAAAAUUAUUUUUGUAAAAUUAUUAUAUAUAAUUAUGAAAAAUAUACAAAUUCAAUUCAAUAAUUUAUUUUCAUUGAAACAAAUUUUUUUUUGUAAGAAAUUUUUUCGUAAUGUGAAAAAACUAACAAGUGCAAAAUAUUAAAGUAAAUAUAUAUUUGUUUUUAUUUUAAAAAUAUUAUUGGAAAAUCUACGUCUCGACAGUUACACAUACACACACACUUUUUUUUCUUUUCGCUUUUCAUGAAAUCGCGAAAAUUUUUUUUUUUUGUUAUUGCUGAAUUUUUAAAUAUACAAACUCUUUGAUUGGUAAAAUGGUAGUUUGUAUACAAAUUUAAAUAAGGCAAAAUAAUUAAUUUCAACUGAACUAAAAAAAACGCAAUGAUUUAAUUUAUAUUAGAUAAAAUAUGUGAUAAUAAUUAGCAUACAUUUGACGCGCAUUCAAACAAAAUAAUUUGUUUAAAAAUGACAAAUUAUUUUGAAAACAACUAUAGAACGAAGAGUGUCUUCAAUGCAUUUAUACCGCCUGUAAAUUAUAUAAAAUCGCUGUGAUCGUGCAGAUUGUUUCAUGCGAGAAAAAAAUUUAUUGUGAAUCAACGAAAUUGAAAAAAAAAAAAACAUAUAAAUAACACGGGGAAAAAAACUCUGCAAGAAAGUUAUAGAUCUAACGAGCUUUGUAUAUAUAAUAUAUUUUGUCAAAAAACCUCUCGCACUCAGGCAAAGAAAAAAAAAGUUAAAAAAUUAUUUUUUCAUUAACUGUAAAAUUUUUAAAAAUUUGUUUUAAAAUUCAAAAGGGCAAAAAAAAAUGGUAAUUAUUUUUUUUUAUUUAACUUAAAAAUUUGAUUAAAUUAUUAAUCUCUCAAAUUGUUUUUGUUAUGUAAAAAAACUAAAAAUUGUUUUUUAUUUACAUUAUAUAAAAUUUUUAUUUUUCCUUCAAAAAAAAUAUAUUCGCUGAAUAAUUAAUUUAGAAAUUACUAAUUGGAAAGAUAGUGAAGCUAGAUAAUUAUUAAAUAAUAAUAAUAAUAAUUAAAAAGAAAAAGAGUGCGAAAGGAAAAUAUUAUUGCAAGUCGAAAGACUUUUUUUUUAAAAAAUCAAAAAAUUUUAAAAUACCCUUUUAUGUAGAUUGUAAGCAAGUUUUACAUUUGACAUCUUUGAAAAUAUAUUUUUUAUUUAUAUAUAAAUAUAAAUAGAAAAUUCUUAAGGAUACAUCGAGCAAAAAAAUUAUUGUAUUCGCGUUGAUGUUUAAGUAGCAAGAAUUUUAUUCUGUCGAAACACAAGAAAAAAAAAUAAAAAAAAAAAAAAAAAAACUGUAAAUAUAUAAACUGAAAUCAAUAACAUUUUUUCCUGUUUCAAAUUUUAUUUGCAUUCCUGUGCAAUUUGUUUUUGUAAAUUCUAAAUUGAAAAUGAAAAUAGAUCUUAAGUCGCGCAAAUUGUAAUAAUUAUGUUAAAUAUUUUUUUAAAAAAAAAAAACGUUAUUUGUUCUUAAAAAAAAAAUAGACAUUUUUAUUUUUUCACUAGUUUCUUUUAAACUGUAACGACAGUUUAACUGGUUUUUUUUAUCAACAAUUCGCAAUAUCGUUUUUACGACACGUACUUUGAUCGGUGACGAUUUAAUAGAAAUUUAUUAUAACUUUUGAGAUUUAUAAUUGUCAGUAGUGUGAAGUUUUAAAAAUUAUAACAAAAAACUAAAUUUUUUAAAACAUUUUGCUAAAAUUAAUUUAUAUUUUUCUCGACACAUUUUCCUGUCUAAAUUAUAAAAUAUUGAAAAUAUCUAAAUAAUAAUAAUAAAUGAAAAAAGAUUUUUCUUCAACUAAUGUGACCGUAUAAUGAAUCAAGAAUUGGAAAAUUUCAAAAAAAAAGAAAUAACAGAAAAUGAAAAAUCAUUGACAGAGGUGAAUAAUUUAGAAAAAUGGAAAAAGAAUUCUAAAAAUUUUAAUUAUUCAAAAAGAGAUGAAAAUCACCAAAAGGAAUGUAAAGAUGUUUUCAAUGAAAAAAGUGAUUUAGAAGAUAAUUUGGUCGUCAAUUUAAAUAGUGUUGUUGUUAAGAAAAAUAAUUUAGAGAAUGAAUCGACGAAAGUUGUCGGAAGUGAAAAGAAGAAAAAUUUGAACGAACCGCAAAAAAGAAAAUGGAAAUUAAGGAAAAAUCAAAUUUUCUCAAUAUUUGAUUCUGUGAUUGCAAUUUUUGUUAUUGGUCCCGUGUGUAUUGGAUUUUGGUGUAGUCUUUGGAAUUUAUUGAAUCUUCAAGAAGAAAAUAAGUUUUUCUUUCUUUUUUAAGCGGAGGGACAAGUGAAAUUUUAAACUUUCAAAAUUUAUGACAAUUUUUUUUCCAAGCAUUAUUUAAAAUCUAAAAUUAUUCAUAAAUUAUUGAAAUUUGAAAAAAUUACAUUUCUGUUAAUUUUAGAAUUUGUAUUAAAAAAAAAAAAAAAAUGAAAAUUUUAAAAACCUAUACGAUUUAUUUUUUAGAACCAUAAAAAAAAGUAUAUAA